GUCGCUGGCUGCAUACUCCAGGAAGCCGUGGCCGUGCACCACCGAGGAAGACAAUAAGAGGAGACGCGGACGGGACAUUGGCACAAAACGAAAUCUGAAGAAUUGCUCGUGAACUCUAGGGAAAGUGGGUUAUCAAUUACUUCCACAAUUAACUAUGAGACUGAAAGAUUACUCAAACAACUGUCGCACCUGUUUGGCUACUUUGGAUGGGGAGAAGACGUCCAUUUACGACGAAAAUGUAUCAAAGAUGCUGUCUCAGUGCACCCCGAUUUCGCCGUGCGAAAAGGACGGUUUAAUGGAAUACAUUUGCGAAUCAUGUCGUGAAAAAUUAAACCAAGCGUACAAUUUUAAAGAAAAGUGUCGAGCCGUUGAUAAAUAUUUGCGUGAGCUCUAUGACUCGGAAUCGGAUGAUUUUGAUAACAAUUCUGUUGACACGUCCUUUGUAGACGACCCAAGUGAAAUUAUUUGUACUAUCUGCAAAAAAAAUUUCACACGUAAAUCAUCGUUACGUGUCCAUCUUCAAAGACAUUACAGAAAUAAUCCACAAAAGUGCAAGCAUUGUCAGAAAAUAUUUUCAACGAAAUCAGAUCUCACAUCACACGAGGCUAGACACAGCGCUCAAUUGUAUAAAUGUGACACUUGUAGUCGCUGUUUUUCCACGAAAAAUUCCAUAGCAAAACAUGUAAAAACCCAUCUGAGCCUCAAACCGUUUCUUUGCCCAUACUGUGGCAAAAGAUUUUGCGUUAACGACACCUUACAGACACAUUUAAAAGUGCACACGAAAAAAAACUUGCUAAUGUGUCAAUUUUGCGACAAAGAAUUCGCUGCGAGGGCUUCCCUUUCACUACAUUUGAAAAACCACACCGGGGAAGUCCCGCAUCUUUGCUCCGCUUGCGGUCUACAAUUUAAAUCCAGUUCUGAGUUGAAAAGUCACGAAGUUAGCCACAAUCAUAAACAAAUCAACUCUGUUUUCUUACAACUAAUUUGUGAAGUGUGUGGGAAAAGUUAUAGGUCUAAAUCUGCGCUAGUUAAACACAUGGUGGUUCAUAACACAGAACCGGUGCAUAAAUGUGGCGAGUGUAAUCGAAGUUUUUACACAAUGAGCGAUUUGAAUGUGCAUACACUUAUGCAUAAGGGGGAUUCACCGUUUUUGUGCUCCGAAUGUGGGAAAGGUUUUAAUAGAAAAAACAAUUAUGUAAGGCACACUAAAACUAUCCACAAACGCAAAUCUUGACUGUUUAUUGAUAUUGCAAUAAAAAUGUUGUUUAUGAUA